GAGGCUUAGCGGCGGCUCACUUGACAGUUGGAGCAAGGUAAUUAAGUUUCAAAGAAAAAACAACCAGGAAGUAAAACAGAGGAGGAAACGUAUUAACUUCAAGUCUUUAAACAGGUUUUAAAGAGUUUAUAAUCACAUCGUCCACUUUUAAAGAAAGCAGAGCCCCCGGUUUGCGGUCAGAGGGUAUUGUUUCCAGCGAGAUGGACACUGAUCCGGAGCGUGGAGGAGUAGUAGAAACGCCAGAGCCUAAGGACAAGGUGCAGGCUUUAAGGGAUCAGGUAGAUGGCGUGAAAAGUAUCAUGACGCAGAAUGUGGACCGGAUCCUGGCACGAGGAGAGAGGCUGGACGACUUAAUGGAGACAGAGGACCUGCAAGCAGGGGCUCAGCACUUCAAGCAGACGUCUCAGAAGGUGGCUCGCUCCUACUGGUGGAAGAACGUCAAGCUGAUUGUGGUCAUAAUCGUGAUAGUCCUAAUCAUCGUCCUCAUCAUCAUCUUGCUGACCACAGGUGUCAUCCCUACUAGUGCUCCCUUGCCUCCUAUAGUUGGUCCCACCAAGAAGCCCUAAAGAGACAGAAGCAAUGUACAGUUAGAAUAAAAUCAUCUAUAAACUCGAGUAAAUCACUGCUGUAUGGUGAGACAGUUAAUACUAUUUAGUUUCUACUGGAACUUUUAGGAAUUCAGAUACUUCAUUCUUUGGUUUAAGGGACUUUAUUGACAAAAAAAGCUUUUGAAACCCUUUCACAUACACUUCCUGCUUUUUUACAGUUUAAACAAAAUUCUCUGGCAUGUCAGAGAUCUUCACCUGAUGGCAGCAAAACACUGCCACUGAUUUUUAAUGGGAUGAAUUGUGGAGUUGUUCAUCUGUCAGCCAUGACAUUAAAACCCUCUGCAGAUUAUUGCAUAGGCUACCAAAAGCAGUCUGACCCAUCAGGGAACAGGACCUCUACUGUGAAUGACGCUGGAGCAUUAGCUGUGGAUUUUUUGGGUCCUCCUGGAUACAUGGUAGAGAGUCUUUGUGAAUCAGGCUUCUUUGGCUCAUCCCGUUAAAGUCAGAUCGGAUUUGAAUCCGGGGAGCGUGUGGGCCAGGUCAACACCAGUGGCUCUUGCUUAUGUUCUGGAGACUUUCAUUAGCAGCAGCAAAAAUGAUCAAUGUCAUCCACUUUACCUGUCAGUAGUUUGUUGUGGCUGAUCAGCGUAUGUUACUAUUGUUGGCUUAUUUCAUUCAAAGUGCCUGCAGUGUAGUUACAAUCAGACAACCUACAUAAGAACAAUUUAUUAAAUUUAUACUCUUAGAACUGUUUUAGUUCUUUAGCUAAGUGGUGUUUAUGAAGUAAAUUAUGAAACUGUUACAGUAAAGCCAGCAAGUGUGUUGAGAUUCAGAAUGAGUGCAGGGAGUUAUUACACCACUGAAACCGGGGGUGCAGUUUUAAAUUUGCAUUGAGCUCUUAUUUGGGCCGUGAAGUUUAACUGAAAACAGGACCUCCAGUUGACUGCACCUGCAGUCAUUAAAUGCAGAAACUCACGGCCCUUAGAAGGGAAAUGUAGAGGUGGAUGACGCUGCACAGUACAAGGCUCCCUCUGUGACCCAUGUGAGCCAGUGGUAAACUCUCACAGUCCCAGUCCUUUUGCAAAAGCCAAAUAUAGAGAAAAGAUCCUCUGUGUCUUGCCUCCACCUUUUUUUGGCUGUUACAGUACCAGUUUAGUUUCAAAGAGAUCAAUAGGCUUCUGAUAUUGAGCUGUAUAGAGUCAACAUAUUCUCCCUGAUUUGUAUAUUUGCUGUUCUCUUUAGCGAGUGUCUCAAUAAGUGUCUGUUCUGUAGAGGCUAUUAACUUUCUUCUUAUUUAAUCAGAAAUGAAUUAAUCAAAUCUGAAUGUAACUUCUGUAUAAAUAGUUAUCUUGAUGGAUUCAGUCUAAAAUUGUAAAGUUUCAUGAUGAAAUUAUAAAAAGGCUGUUGGAACAAAUCUGUGUGCAUGUUUUUUUUUUUGUUUUUUUUUAAUGCAUCUGUGAUGCAGUAGUCUUCUGUCUCUUAUUGCCUAUAUCACAUGCUGGCCUGAUCAGUGCUGUGCUAAACCAAAAUUAUGUCUCUGUUACUGUGUUAAACAUCUUUUCCACUGUAUGUAACUCUUGUAAUUUAAAGCUCUUGCAGUCUUAUUCUGAUGACUUGGUAAUUAACGGCUUUGACAGAAAAUAAAUUAUAUUUUUCUUCUGC